UCUUUCAAAGUCGCCGUGUUUUCUUAUUGUAUAAAAACAUUAAAAUAAUCACAAAAUGUACACAGAAGUGGAUGUAUUCGUUAGUAAUUACACUCUAAUAGAUCCUGAAAUAUAUCAGUUAUGGAUAGAAGGUUGCUCAUCAAGCGAAGCAGUAUCCACGCUGCACCAGCGCGGUGUUGCCAAGCAGAUGGGGGCCUCCGUGGAGCUCAUCGCCAGCGAUGUGCUGGAUCACUACAGGACGUUUGCACUCUUGGAGCGACUACUCACAGUGCCGACCAAGCUGUCGGAGCAGAUGGUGUUCCAGAUAGAUGAGGCUACCAAACAGAUGCUCAUUGAGAAGUAUUAUGAGUUGGACGAUGCAGUAAUAAGGGAGCUGCUUGGACGAAAACUGUCGUCAAGGCAUAGAAAAGAUUUGGAUGAGGUGGCGGAGCGCUCGGGCGCGCCGCUGCGUUGCUGCCGGCGGCAGUUCGACAACGUGCGCCGCGUGUUCCGGGGCGUCGAGGAGAUGCCUGGCAACGUCGUUGCCAAUAUUAGAUCCACGUUCUUACUGUCGGAGCCACUGGCCAAGAAAUAUGGCGCGGUGGUGUUUAUAGCGUGCAUGAGAUUCGAGACCACGAAACGCAAGUUACAGUAUCUGUGUUUCAACGACUUCUAUCACUGCGCUCAGUCAAUAAUGACCUCUUGGACCUAUUCGUGCACGGGCCCCGAGUACUACGACACGGAGAUGGACCGCGAAUUCUUACUAGAGCUGAGGGAACUGCGGAUACUGUUGGACAAGGAAAAGGAACACAAACACUUGAUAUGUAUGCGUCUGAAACCGAAGCUAUUGGAGAAGUCAUAUCAAGAGUUAGAACUGAACUUCAGGUUAUACACGAGAGCCCUGGUGGGCCUGGCGUGCAACCUGCACCGAGGGAGGGAACUCAGGUCACUGUUUAUUGACCUCCUGGAAAGAUGUGUGGAGCCAUUACGCGCAGGCGGCUGGCCGCGCACCGACUUGGCUCAGUUUCUGAGCGCAUACGAGCAAUGCGCACUACAGAUGGACGUGCUCAGAGAAGCGGAUUUGAAGAGCGUCUGGGAGCGAUAUAUGAAAGUAGUCAGUCAGUGCUUACUCACAAUGUAUCACGCUUGAAGACCAGC